CGCUGUUGUUAACAUGUUGACACAUUACGUUAUUCAUUAAACAUUUGGUAGGCUCAGUUCGGCCAGCUGAGAAGCGAUUUUGGCGCUUAGAUCAAAGCUGCAGUCAGCGCGGUUUUGGGUUCCUAAUGUGCUUUCGGUGGUGCAAGGUCUAGAACACCAUUUCCUUUUCAUGAACACAUCAGGAAUUCAUUUCCCCUUUUCCGAUGCUUCAGAAAUUAGCUAUCUUGACAGGCGGCAACAAUCAGUUAUCUAGAUAUGACAUUUUGUUCGGGAUAAAUUUUGUCUGUUGCUCAGUUUGCCUGUACUUAAAGAAAGAUCCUAUGAUGACAUUGCAAGCUGUAUAGAUGCAUUACUUUGUGGAAGCAACCAUAGAAUACCAACAACACAAUCACCUGGAUGCUAUGGUCAAUGACAUUAUAGGCAGGGGGGCCAUAUGCUGAUGGAGAGCCAUAAGAGUCAGGAACAAGAGAUUGUUCGGUUGAAAGAGGCUGAGCAAAAAGCUGCUUCGACCGAGGAGGCCAUGGCCUGCCUUGAUCGGCUGCGGGACGAAGUGGGAGCCCUGAAGAAGAGGGUCGAUGAGGCCGAUGCGGCCUACCGUCAGGUGGCGGCCGAUAGGGACGACGCCCUGAGGGUGAAAGAUGAAGCUCUGAGGGGCCACGACGAAGCCCUGCUCCGGGCUGAGGAUGCCGCGAAGGCUGCUGAGAAGGCUGCUGAUGCCGCAAUCGAGAAAUUUCUGGCCGAAGGCUGGAAGGCAGAAGAUCGUCGCCCCUGGUGCUACGAGGUCGUGGCGGAUCGGUUAGAGGAUUGGGGCAGAAACUGCCCUGUCGGCCAAGACUAUUUUCAAAGGGAGAUGUCUGUCUACUACGACAUGGGCCAGCAACGGAUGCAGCGACUAGUCUACCGGAGACUGCACCGCGCUUUCAAAAAGCUGAAGCUUACCCAGAAAUGGGCCAAGAAGAAUCUGAAGCUUCCCAGGCUAAUGAAGGACCCUGAGGCUGAAGCGAAGCUCCCCCCUUUUGAGAGACAGACCCGAUACUCAGCUCCUUCAUCGAUGAGCCGGAUUGGUCCGAUGACGAUGCCUUGGCCGAUACCGCCAUCUCCGCAGUAGCCGAGGCCAAUGCAGAUGUGGGGACGGAGGAGGGCACCGAAGCUGCUAUUGAGCAAGCUGAUGUGGGGCAGGUUGCUGAUGAGGUCGCUCCAGAGAAUUGAUCGGCCAAACCUCUUUUCCCUUUUUAGCUUAAGCGGGUGCUGUGGCGCCCCUAUUUUGUAAUGGCCGUUGUGCCCCCAUGUACCUUUCCUUUGAUUAAUAAAGAUGUUUCUUUUUCGGCUUUACAGUUUACGAUGUCCUCCUCGUCUUGCCUUUCCUUUUGCUUUUGUUAUUCUUCGAAAUUUUUCCAAGGGUUGAAGUUGGGACUUUGAUAAUCGUUCUCUUUGGUUGUUUCCUCUGGUUGUGGCCGAAGUAGAUAACUUAGGUGAGCAUGUUUCGUCCGCAAUGAACACUCCCUGCUUUUAACAGCACUUUAGAAUUUCUUCUAAGUGUCAGAUUUUUAAGCGAUUGAGUGUCCGCUUCAUCUUGUGGCAUCCCUCACCCCCUUUUAUUUCACUCGCAAUUUUUCCAAGUGUUAGACAAGAACUCAUGAGCCUGCUUCCUGUAGUUGUGGCCGAUGAAGGGUCCUGCUCUAUGCUCGGCUGAGGGGGGAGUGUGUUCUUCGUCUUUGUAAUGUUUGGUGUCCCACUUUUUCGUGGAAAUCUCUAAGUAUUUAGCUUAGAAAUAUUUGGAGAUUGUUCUGUGUUGGACAGACUUAGCUGAUUGCUUCCUUCAUCAGUGGCUGAUGACAGCUUCCCGUUUGGGUUGCCUGAUGCCGGCUAUGUGGUGCCCUUGUCGGCCACACGAGUUUACCUUGGUAAUUCUGUCCAAGUUUCUUUUCUUUUUUCUUUUCGUACAAACGCUUUCGUCCAUAAUGCGUGGUAUUUUCCCGAUACAUACUCAAUUUCGGGGAUUUUAUUUUUAUUGCUCGUGGCCGGCGAGUGCACGGUCCAUCGACUUCCCUCUUUCAUUUUUUGGGGACAUCACUUUAGGCCAGCGAGUGCACAGUCCCUCGGCUGUCCCUCUUUUAUUUUUGAGGAUAUCGCUUUAGGCCGACAAGCGCGCGGUCCCUCAGGUGUCCCUCUUUUAUUUUUUGGGGAUAUCGCUUUAGGCCGGCAAGUGCGCGGUCCUUCGGCUGUUUCUCUUUUAUAUUCUUUCUCUUUACUUCUUUGAGCGAGGAGUGGGUAUCCUUCUUUCAGGCUUCGGCCAAGGGGGUCGAUAGUCCCUCGGCCGGUAAGGAGUCCUACUGGAUCGUCCUGUGAUAUCAGGGAGGUCCCGUCGCCUAUUUAUUACGCGGGCUAAGGCUUUUGACCGGUUACCGACGACUGCCGUUUCUCAUCCCUGAGUUUGGGGGUUUUUGUCGCCUCGACCAUGAUUUCAGACAUGUCGUCCUGCUGAUUUCGUGAAUGGAUGACGCGGUGAGCUUCACAUUUCAGGACGUGGGCUCUUUGCGGGCCCAUCGUCCUGGGGACACCGUCGGCCUUACCUGAGCGUCUCGCUCUAAGGGGUCAAAACGAUGUGCUCUGUCGACCUUUCCUGAGCAUUUGCGCUCUGAGGGGUCGGUGUAGUGUAGUACCAUUUCCUUGGACGUUUUAGAAAAGUAAGUAGAAUACAACUUUUAUUGAUAAGUGGCUCGAGGCCGAGGGUGGCGUUCGAUCAACAACCCGUGGGAGGGUGAGGGCUUUGCCGGCUGCACCGUCCCCGGGUUAUUGAUAGAAUUUCACCUAGUGAUGUACAUUCCACAUUCGUGGUACAUUAGACCCAUUCGGGUGUUUUAAUUUGUAGGUGCCGGGCUUGACUACGACACUGACGAUGUAGGGUCCUUCAUAUUUGAGUGCCAGCUUGCCACCUUCCGUUGGCUUACUCGCCUCUCUUCGGCGAAGGACAUAGUCCCCCUGGAAUUCCCGGGAACGUACCUUGGCGUCAUAGUAUGAUUUUACUUGACGCCGGUAGUUCUCUGCCCGGAUGAAGGCCUGCUCUCGUCUUUCUUCGAUCAGGUGGAGAUCAAUCUUCAUGCUUUCUUCGUUGGCCUCAGGCUCAUAACGCUCCACCCGUCGGCUGGGUAUGGUGACCUCUGUGGGCGCCUUUGCUUCAAAGCCAUAGCAAAGGGCAAAGGGUGUUUCACCCGUCGCCCUCCUCGGCGUAGUACGGUAGCACCACAGAAUAUUGGGGAGCUCAUCGGCCCAACUGCCCCCUGCAUCCCGGAGCUUCUUCUUCAGGCCUUCCAGGAUGGUUCUGUUGGCGUUCUCGACUUGCCCGUUACCUUGAGGAUAGGCAACGGAGGAGAAACGAUGUUUGAUUCCCCACCUUUGGAGGAGCUCUUGGAAGGGCACGGCCUCGAACUGGGUGCCGUUGUCGGUGAUGGUGAUCGCCUCCGUCCGCUGCUUCUUCGGCGGGGGGGGGGGGGGGGGGGGGGGAGCGUGGGAUACCAAUCCAAUGUAAAGGGAUUGGGCCCACUUCUUCCUCUGGGUGGCCGAGCCCCCCCCCCCCCCGUAUUACCCCCACGAUGAGGUUGAUGUGGUUCCUCUUCGGGUGGGGCUCUUCAAAGUCUUCCUCGUCAUCACUGAGCCUGCCGAUCUCUCGCUUCUUCGUAGAGGGUUCGCCCCCAGGCUUGCCGGUGUUUACCCACGUAUUCUUGUGUGGGCCACCUUUAACAAACUGGGAGAGUUCCCCCUGGCGAAUCAGCUUCUCGAUGGCUCGCUUUUGCGUGACACAGUCAUCUGUGUUGUGGGAGGUGUUCCUGUGAUAACGGCAAUAGGUGCCGCCCUGAUGGACGACGUAGAUCUCCUUAGCCAACCGAGGAUCCCGUUCAAUGAGAUCGUUCUCCUCGGCGUAAUCGAGGAUGGAGCUGACCAAAUGAGUAAGUGGGGUCUUCGGCCUUUCCAUCCUCGGCCGCCACACGCGGUCUUUGUUCUUUCCGCCAGCUCCGUGGCGGCCUUGUCCUCCCUGACCUCGGUCCCCGGCUGAGGGUGCGCCUGCAGCUGGCACGGCGUUUGUCUUCUUGGAGCGGUGCCCUCCGUCUUUCUUGUGGUUGUGGAGCUCGUCGGCGUCAGCGUACAAUCCGCCCCGUGCAGUUUCCCCUUGCCUUUGUCCAGGCGGGGCCGAUCCGCUGUCCGGGAUACUGACCUCAAGCUUUCUCUGGGUGAGCCAGGCUCACGCUGACCAAUCCGCCCCGCCAUCCUCUCCGAAGCAGGCCGACGACACGUGUCACCUAGCCUGUUAAAGGCUGAGGCUUUUCCACGCACUGGGGUUGGUCCAGCUCGAAGCAGGGAAGCAGAGUGGGAGUGGGACGACGUCGUGUUCUGAGGUGCCACCCCCUCAUCGUUGCCUAGCCUAACGGCCAAUGGCUGGGAUUGAGGAGGAGGCGUCGUGUUCUCCCCCGUCCUUGGCAUGAGUGCGCUGAGGACGGUGGGGUUCUGGGCCAAACUGGCGAUGAUGGCCGAGAGUGCGGCCUGAAGCUGAGGAUCAACACCAGGAGAGGCCGGUUGCGCUGAAUCGUUGUCGCCUUUUUCCGCGCGCUUCCUGUCCAAGCCGAUGCGGGCGUCUGGGCCGCCGCCAUUGAGCUUGUUGCGCAGGUCACCUGCGAGGUCGAUGGCUUCCGGGAAGACAUCCCCCUCGGCGGCCUUGUCGGCCGUAGCAUCCUCCUCGUGUUUCUGGUUCUCUUAUGCCUCAGGGAUGACCUUGCCGAGGAGGUUGCGGUUUGACCUAGUUCUUCCCAUUGUCAGUUAGCUGUGCUUGGUAGCGAUGAAGGAGGCUAACUUGAUUGUCCUAGCUCUCAAUGAAAGCACCAAAUGAUAGAUUAUAUAUCUAGAGAGAAGGGAGAGCUAGAGAGAGAAGUACAAUAACUCUUUGCAAUAAAUGAUUUGUCAACCCCUAUAACUACCCCCAAGGGGAGUAUUUAUAGAGAAAUUUAGGGUUGGGCUCCCAAGUCUUGGGCUUGGGAAGCCUAUUUACAAUAGGGCCACUAAUGGCCCGGAUACAAAGUGUAUAGAAAUGAUUAAGUACAAAAUCCUGUUCUGGAGGCUAUUUCUGGCCGAUGAGGGCAUGGCCGACGAAGACCCGGUCGAUGAGGUCACCCGGCUCUCCUGGCUUAUGGGUCAUAUUCUGAGUAGACUUCUUUCUGGCCGAUGGGGGUCAUUUGGCCAAUGAGGGUCCCACUAGGUGAUCGUGGUACCUUCAUUCUCCUGAGUAUGUGGGCCCUGGGGUCAUUAGACCCAUAUACUCCAUCAUCAUGAUUACCAUUAUCAUGAUUAUCAUUAUUAUUGUCAUUAUUUUUAUUAUUGUUAUUAUUGUUAUUAUUGUUACAGUUGUUACUGUUGUUACUAUUUUUACUGCUAUUACUAUUAUUACUAUCAUCAUCAUUGUUAUUGUCUUUGUUGUUGCUAAUGGUGGUGUCGUCGGUGUUGUUGUUGUUGUUAUUACAUUUUUGCUUAAUUUUUGUUGCACUAUUUUAUUUUUAUUAAAAUGUUAAAUUUGACUUAUUAGCAAUAUUUUGCAUAAACCAAGCUUUAUGAAAAAAUUGUCAUUAUUUUAUAAAAUAAAUAAUUUUUAUUCUUUCAUUAUAAAUAAAAGGAUAAAUAUAUAUGGGAUCACAAUGUCAUCAUCCUUUAAAAUAUAAUUGUCAUCUAUACAUUUGACCCAAAAUAUUUUGUUAAAAACUAAACUAUGACACAUUUACGUUUGUUGUCAUUAAAAGGUAACACUAAUGACAAAAUAAUAUUGUAUGUCAUUAUUUUUCAAAACAUUUAAUGACAAAAUUUGAUUAUGUCAUAAUAAUUAAAAUUACGUGACACCAAUUAUUGUCAUUAAUUGUUUAAAAAAUGUGAUCAAACGAAUUACUUCCGGAUUUUUGGCGUCAAAUGUUGCCACUCAAACUUUAAGUGACGGUUUAGGUCUUAUUGUCAUAGAAAAUAUCAAUUAAUGAUGAAAUAUAAAAGUUAAAGUGAAAAACAAGAAAAUUGCCAUGACAAUCAUUGUAGUGUGAUAAAUUUGAGUUUUGUAAUCUAACAAUGUUUUGUAUGUCACAUAAAUUUUUAUCAUAAAAUGUGUGAUUUCGUAAUAGAUUUAAAGUGAUAAUCCAAUUUGAUUUGAUUAUUUAAUCUAAAAUGUACAACACUUUUUAAUAGCAUUUCACAUUAUACCAUAUAAAGUAUUUUACGCGGGGCGGUGGUAAAAUAUUUUGAAUCCUUUUUAUAAAGCACUGCAAUGUCUUUACAUGCAACUUUUAAAUAAAUUACGUCAAACAAUGUAAAUUUGCAUGCAAAGUGAUUGGUUUUCUAAAUUUUGCAUUCAAUUACUUCCUUCGUUCUUUAUUAACUGUCUCGCAUUCCUUUUUGAGACGUUUUUUAUUAUUUGUCUCUCUUUCUAUUUUAGGAAAGUUUUUGAUAAAAUAUUCCCACUUUUAUUAUUUUUACCCCUCUUACUUUUUACAAAUUACUUUCUCUUUCCUAAUUUAUCAUAAUUUUACUCUACUUAAUAUACUCUUUUUCCUACUUUAUCAUCACUUUACUCUUUUUAAUAUACUCUCUUUCCUACUUUAUCAUUUAUCCUACACACUCUAUAUUUAUCCUACUAUUUUUCUAUUAAAACUCGUGUUCAAAGCUAGCGAGACAGAUAAUAAAGAACGAAAGGAUAUUUUUCAAAGAUUUAACAUGUAAACUAUGAAAUGAGCGAUUAAUGGAUCACUAUGCAGUACGGUACACCACGUUUCAAAAAAAGGUAGGAACGUAAAUUGGAUCACAUUGAUGUAAAGAAUUUUUCACCUUUCAAAUUGCGCGACUUGUGAUGAGCUCAAAAUUUAUUAUAACAUCAUACUAUCCUCCGUUCCAUAAAAGUUGCAACAAUUUGAUUUUCACGUUUGCCAACGUGCAACUUUGACUGUAAUUAUAUUUAUUUACGUAUUAAUAAACAUUAAAAAAAGUUAAUAUAUUGGAAAUUUACAUUAAUACAAAUUUAUUAAUAUUUUAUACAUAAUAUUUUUAUUAUAUAUAUUAUUAGAAAAUCGUAGUCAAAGUAAGUUGUAUGAAUAGUGUAGAAAUUCCAAUGUUGCAACUUUUAUGGAACGGAGGAAGUAGGUCGUUACUCUCUAGAGUUUAGUAUAUUUAACACACAUGAAUUAAAAGAAAAAUAUUAUUUGCAUAUAGUACGGAGUAGUUAUUACUUUUCUUAUUGCCCGUAAAUACCAUUUCAUUCUCCCAUUUCUUUCUCCUCUCCUUUCUCUUUACUUAUUCCCACUUGAACUUUCAAUCAAAAGAUGAAGCUUAUUUGGUAACUCGUGCUUUCAGCUUAUCAACCACAUUUUUUUAAUUUUGUGCGCUAAAUUGUAUAACAAUCAAAAUAAGUAAGGUCUCAGUUAUUUUUCUAGAUAAAUUGACUGAAAUUACUAUAAAUGAUCACUUUAACUAUUUUUCAUAUAAUAUUUUCUUAAUUUUAUCAACAAAAUAUAUUUCAAAUAUAAUUUCUUCACAAUUUAGCAGAUUUAUCUUAUUUAACCACUUUAGUCAGAAUUUCAUUGAUUUUAGCAGAUUUAAUCCUUUAAGCAAAUUUCAGUGUUACCCAACGAGCUCUAGCUCGUUUCUUAUUCAUCAUCAUCUUCUCUACUUUUUUGUUUCCUUUUUGUUCCAUUUUUUGUUCAAAAUCUUUUUUUAGUUUUCCCUUUUCACCCUUUUUUUUUUUCAAAUUACAUCAAAAUUUGUUACACGUAGAACUGCAUCAUUAUUCUGCACGCCUAUGAACAUUUACAUAUUUUUUCACACAAACAAUUUGAAUUGAUUACUCAGACAACAGUCAUUUGUGAGCAACACAACUACUGUUUGUGUGUAAAAUAUAUGUGAACACAAAUAAUUGAAACCGACAACACAAGCAUCUAUUGUCUAUGAGCAACUAAACUAUCGUGCGUGUGACAAAUUCUAUUUCAUAUUCCAUAACUUACUUCCUUCUGUUCUUAUUUAAGUUCCCAAUUUGACUUCACACAUAUUAAGAAAAUGAAUUUGACUUUACUGUGGAGUGCACUGUUUGGCACUGUUUGGACACUGUUUGACACUGUUUUGUUUCAUAAUAUGGAAGUGUGAAUUUAAAUAAGGGACAUCCCAAAAAGGAAAGUGAGAACUUUAAUAAGAACAUGAGUAUUAAAGAAAGCUAUUUUACCCGUUCACUAGUUGGGUUGUGGUCUCGCAGAUGGUCAUAGAAUAUAGAAAUAUUAUCAUAUCUUUAUAUAACAAAAACAAAAGUAAGUGCAAAAAAUUAUGAUCUUGAUAACUUAAUGACUAUAUUUAUAUUCAAAUGUUACAUUAUAGAGACUAAAACAUACAUAUACAAAUUUAUAGUCAUAUGUUUGUGUAUAAGUUUUUAAUUAUUAAUAUUUUAGAAAAAACUCCUUGCCAUAUAUCUAUUGGAACAUAAAUUUUUAAGAAAUGCAUUGCCUCCUACAUUAAAGAUUCACAUAAAUGCAUCUCUCUCCAACAAAUGUUACAGAGUUGAAAUUAGAUAAAUAACCAGCCAACUCCAACCUCUGUUAUUAUGUAGGGAUCGUAAAUUUAGGGUUCUGAUAAUGAGCUCCACUAAUCCCUGACAGCGAAGAAAGGGAUUCGCCGCUUUAAAGGUCAGCGCGGUUGCGAGCUCCCAUUAGAUCUGGCUGCCUAUGGUUUGGAGCACCAUUUCCUCAUCUCAUAAGUUGAAGAUGAACACAUCUAAACUUCUCCGAGCCUCAGCAAGUGAAUAUAAAUUGGCAUUCAAUCGCGCGAUGAUGGGCAAAGUUGUUGAAUAACUUCCCAAAAUCAGUCUUUGGAAGCUUCCUAAUGGCGCGUAUUGCCUUAAAGUGUUCACCCACCAGUCCACCACAAAUUAGCCCCCACUUAUACUGUCCAUCAAUGGUGUGGUCCCACCAGAACCGUGGGUGAGCAGGAUUGACCAACUUACAUCAUCUUUGACCAUAUGGUUUUUGUGUUUUGAGUUUCGUAUUGGUGGUUGAAUGUCUGACAACGUUCAGACUUCAGAUGGGAAGAGGCUAAAUCGCUACUGAGAUGGAUAAGGCCAAUUUAAGUAGCUUACAAGAACAUAGAUACAAUGAGUUCUGACACUGAAAAUGUGAACUUAGAGCCACUGGUCAACAUGUAUAAUCCAUUGUAAGCUGCAAUUCUUUAUGGAUUCCAAAUCGCAUAAGGCCCAAUAUUAGCCGGUGCAUACAUUUGUCAAUUGUCACUUUUAACACGAUCUGCUCUGUAACAAUAUCUUAUUUUCCCGUUCUAAAAAAUCUCGCUUUUAUGCUGUAACUGUAUAUUUUGCAUGAACAAGAUCUCAAACAUGAGCUGGUAGCCUGGUAUUUGAAGAUUCAACCGAGGGCUCGGGUUUUUCAAGUAGAAAUUUUUCGCAGGGAGGAUUUGACUUUGCACCCCACUUUUUGGGUGAUGUUAGAUUUUGCACCCCAUUUUGAAAAAAACCUUGACUUUGCACCACAACACAACAUUUGUGAAGAAAAAAUCUCAUUAGGUGCAAAGUCAAAGGUUUUUUAAGUGAAAUGGGGUGCAAAAUCAAAUCCCUCUUUUUCUUUAGGUAAAAAAACUACAUACUCCGUAUUUGGUAUUUUUACAAAAUUAGAAAUUCCAGUCCUCUUUGUCAUCAUUUCUAAGAGCGAUAGAAAUUUGUUUACCCAAAGAUUAAAGAUGUAUAAUGGAAUAUUGAUCCUUGCACCCACCCUAUGGUAAUAUUUAGUUACCACUCAAUAUUUAAAUAUCCUUG